GUACAUCUAACCUUUAUUAUUAUUCCGAACUGUGGAAAAGCACCUCCUCCUUACCAUGUCCUUUCCCACGCCUACCAAUUCGAUCCUCAACCGGGACGAGAGCGAUGUCGCGCGGAUGUCGCAGGUAAUCUACGAGAAUGAGUCCCUCAAAAUCCAGAUCGAGACGCUGCAGGAGAAGUUGCAGAGCACCGGCUUGCUCAAGCUGGAGAAUCUGCGCCACGAAAACGAGAACCUGCGCAGUGAGGGGGCAAAGCUUCAGGUGCAGCUGGACGAGAAGACGGCGCAGCUGGAGCGCUACACGUCCUCCGACGACCGCUUCUCGAACAUUGACGAAUCGCUGCACGAGCUGCUGACGCAGAUUCGAACCCAGCGGACGGAGUUAGCAGGAAUGAAGGAUCUGACGCGGGAGAAAGACGCACGCAUUGCGGAGCUCACGGGGCUGCUGAAUCACUCGGAGACGGAGUUGAAAGAAGCGCGCACGCAGCUGACGGCGGCCUCUGCGGACACCGCCCAGCAGAACACACAAGCGGCUGAAGCGAACGCGCUGCGGGAACAGGUGGCGCAGCUCAGCACAGAAGUGGAGACGCUUCGGCGCGCCUCAGAAGAAGAGGCGGCGGGCCUGCAGAAAGACUUGACGGCGGCGCAGUCGGAGUUGCUGGCACUGAAAGCAGACGCAGCCACCAAGUCAGCGGUGAAGGGCCAGCGCAUGACCUCGCAGGAGCAGGACAUGGCGGCGUGUCGGGAGCGGGAGGCGAGCUCGCAACGGCAGGUUGUCGAGCUGCAGGCCAGAAUGGAGAUGCUGCGGACGGAGUGCUCCCAGUUGAGGGAGACUCAGGCGGACCUUCAGCGCAGGCUGCAGCAGCAGCAGCAGCAAGCAGUCGCCUCCUCCGCUGUGGCCAACGCCUGCAAACUUGUGGAUUUGUACUGCCCCGAGGUGAAGGCACACGUGGAGAAGGCCGUGCAGAACGCAACAGAGGGCAUUCAGCGGCGUCUGCGCGAGCAGGUAGAGCAGAACACGUCUUUGCUCUCUCGGAUGGCGCUCAUCCAGCAAGAAAGCGAGGACAUGAUGAAGUCGAAGGGCAUGUCCAACCACGAGGUCACAGUUAUGAAGGAACGCGUCGACAUACGCACCCGCCGCAACGAAGCCCGCCAUAGCAUGCAGCGUCGAGUGGCGGAGCUGCUCUCCGGCUCGGAGGUGAACAAGAAGGACAUCGAGUUGUUGCUCCAAGAAAUGCUAGACUAUCAAGAGGAGCAGGAUCAGGAGAACCGCACGAUGCUGUUAGUGAAGGACAUGGAGGCCGAGGAGCGGGAGCGCGCGCUGCGCCGGGAGCUGAAGCGCAUCAAGGACGAAAACGCGUCUCUGAUGAAGCAGUUGCAGCAGCUGGCGAUGGAGGGCUUCCACCGCGAUCGCAGCAACAGCCAAUCCGGUACGAUGCCUUCUCCCCGAGAGGCGGGGGCUCCUCCAGCUGCUCUGCCGACACACAACUACGGCGCAGUGCCGGUCACCAUGCCUGCCCCUCCUGCGGCUACCUCGCAGCGCAACCCGCCCUCGGAGCAGACCAAUACGGUAUCCGAGCCGGCGUACUCGCAUGCCACGGACAGGCAGACCGCCGUAGGGGCCAAUCCCCCACUCCCCGGGCCCAACGCGGCCCCCCCCUCCCUCCAGCAAACACCACCGCCACAACGACGACCCCCUCACCACUUCGGCGGUGAUCUCUGGUCCAACACACCUUCGCGGUCAACGGAACUGCAUGCCCAGCCACUGUACACGCAGCUUCCAGGAGGACAUAUCGAUCCGCAGCAGCACCAGCCACAACCACAACACGCUUUUAGCGGGUGUGCAACUGGUGCUGGUGCAAGCCCAGAUCCGAAUCGAAACGUGAUGGUACACUGCCCUGCGUGUACGUACAAGCAGCGCUACGGCAACCACAAGUGCGAGAUCUGCGAGGCGGUGUUGAAGCUGAACUAG